AGGAAGUACGCCAUGCCGUGCGGCGCGUGCGAGGGAAGGGCACCCACGCGUGCAGGCUCUGCAGGGGCAGCGCCACCGUCGAGUGGUCUCCGAUGCACGACCCGGUGUUCGUCAACCCGUGCCUCUGCCCUACCUGCGAUGGGACCCGGGUGCAGCGUUGCUUGAACUGCCUGGGAAAUG